AUGAACGCAACACUGGCCCAGCUUCCUGUCGAGAUCGUUGAGUGGAUAUGCCGCAGCUUAGAGACAGUAGACAUCUUCUCGCUGCGCCUUGUUUGCCGUCACCUGGCCGACAAAACAACACGAGCUCUUGACCACGCCUGCUUCAAUACAGUCACUACAGACCUAUGCUCGAAAAGCCUGCGACGGAUCAAAGAAAUUUUAGAAAACCCGCGGGCGCGGCGAGCAGUACAAAACCUUGUAAUUACAGGGUCACUUGACGUCGACUAUCGCAAAGGAGACUUAGGUCAAGAUAUCCGAGGGCAAUGGUAUCGCUCUCCCCGAGGAAGUCUGGAAGCACCCUUCCCAGAAGAAGUUGACAGAUUCUUACGCGAAGUACUAGUCGAUGGGCUUCCGAAUUGUCAUUCAUUUACCGUCCGUGGGAUCCGAGGGAGCUGGAACAUGCAUGACGAGAAAAUCACUACCGCCUAUCUUAGCGUAACGGACGCUCUUGCUCUUCUAUUUUUCCACAUAUCCGGGUUUCAUCGACCAGUUACGGCUUUCACUCUUGAUAUGACAAACAUGGACCGGGACCUAGAUAUGAGGCCGUUACCAGCGGAUUUGUAUCUGGGCGCUGGAUUCGUAAAUACCUGGAGCGAACAUAUUCAGGAGCUCAAUCUCCAGGCUUGUAUAGGAUGGGACACGUCAAAGGAAUCAGAAAUUCUCAUAAGGACACUUAUAGUGUCUACCAGGAAUCUCAAAAAUCUAUCUUUAGACUGUGGAAGAACGCUAGAGCUUUUGAAUAGCGUUCUUUCCCAACCAACGUGGAAUCCCCCACUACGCUAUUUGAGGCUCAAAAACAUCAACACCGACGACUCUAAAGCAUUUCUGGAUCUUACCUCGCGGUUUCAAGGUACUCUUCAGACUCUUGUUUUGGAAUAUGUCGAGCUUGAGGCUGGAACCUGGCAGCAAUUUUUGCCCGCCUUGAUACAACGUUUUCCCCACUUGAAGCGUAUCCGGUUAUACUUCCUACGGCAGAGCUUAGCAGGCCAUAGCUUUUCUCCUGUUAUCAACUUCUGGCCAGGUCGUAUCGAAAAGGUUCCAGGUCUCCUCCAUAUGCUCCAGCUAGAAGAGCGACCAUUGAUCGCAGGCGCCGACUAUGAAGGGCCUAAUAUCCCUAGUAUUUUAGAUACACUCUUAGGAGCAGCCUACUUUCGGCAGAGGCAAGGUAGGGGUAGGGCGUGGGCAGAAAUCCCGUUAUGUUAG